GCUAACGCUAGCACAAACUGACCCACAAGCGAGCGACAAAACAAACCCACAAAUAACAUUCAAAUCCGCUUUAAACUAGUUUCUUUAACAUGCUUAUCGGUUUUAAAACACCAUGUCUGACAUAGGACGGUUACAGUGUGUUUUGCAGGGUUAGUUUGAGUUGAUCUGAGUGAAAGAGUAGAAGUUAUUUUGGCGCUCGGGCGGAUCUGUGCUAGUUAGCUAGUUGAGCUAGUGACUAACUCAUUAAGUUAAACAGAUAUACGUGCGAUAAUAAUGUGGACUAUUAAGCGAUGAAAACACUCACCUCGACUGAUUAUGACCUUCACAUAAUAGAGUUGCUUCAGACUGUCACAUCCAUAUAGACAUUCUACAUUCAGAGAAUGACUGUUUGCUUUGGGCUGGGGAAUGAACCAGGAACCCUGGUGGCUGGAUCUGGGUAUCAAAUGGUCCUCUGAAGAAGCCAUGGGAAGCUGUUUUAGCUGUCCAGAUAAAGAAUCGAUCCCUGACAAUCACCAGAGUAAAUUUAAGGUGGUGAAUGUAGAUGAUGAUGGGAAUGAGUUGGGAGCAGGAAUCAUGGAGCUGACGGAGGACGAACUAGUCCUGCGGACACGCAAAUGUGAUGCUGUCAAGUGGCCUUACCUCUGCCUGCGUCGUUAUGGCUAUGAUUCAAAUCUCUUCUCGUUUGAGAGCGGCCGGCGCUGCCAGACGGGUCAAGGGAUCUUUGCCUUCAAGUGUCCCCGCGCAGAAGAGAUCUUCAACAUGCUGCAGGACAUCAUGCACAACAACAGUAUCAGUGUGGUGGAGGAACCGGUGUUUGAACCCAACCUCUCACCAGCUGAAGCAGACCUGCCCUUCACACCGCACACACCUACCACUCCUGGCAACAUCCUCCCUUCUUUACUCAAUGGAAGCUUGCGGUAUCCCUCUUUAGGGGACGCUUCGUCUCACCCCUCCAGUAGGCAUCCGUCUGUGGGGAGCACUUGUCUGCCCUCAUUGGGCGAGGAGUCCACACACCCUCUCUUAGUUGCAGAUGAGGCUGUAAGAGGUCACACAUAUGUGAACACCACCGGCCUGCUUGAACAGCACAGCCAAAGUGUUGUAGACAAUUCUACAGACCCGAGUGUGUCAUUACCUGAUGCAGAAGAUGCCAUGCCUGAGGAGGCUCCUGACCCAGGCCCCAGAGUUCAGCUGGAACCUGAAGGCGUUCGGUUCGUGCUAGGCCCAACCCCCGUGCAGAGACAGAGACAGCGCGAGGCUUCAAUGUCUGGACUGCAGUGUGUUGGGGCAGACUCCACCUACAACUCUAAUGGCACAUUUUUUUCACAAAAAGCAGGCAGUGGGGAGCUUGAAAUCAGUCGGCCUGACGACACCUCUACUGGAGUCUCGACAGCUCCGGAGAAUUCCAACGGUUCGCUCUCGGCUCUCUCGCGGCGUCGAGCUCGGCAGCCACCACUUACUCCUGACGCCAACAUCAACAACUCCGCCCAGCGGAGAACGGUGUUACUGGACUACGAAAAUCUACCUGCGCUGCCUCCGUUGCGAGAGCACCCAAAGGGUGGAUCAGAUGAUGAAGAAAGUGAUGAGCCCGUGGAUCUCAAGUCGCAACCAAUCAACGGCUUCCACAACCACCAGCACUACAGCCCUGACCCCACUCACUACUACAUCAACACAGAAAACUUUACAGCCCCGCUCAGUGCCAACAAGGUGGAGUCGGCCCGCUGGCGGGAUCGAUCUGCCCCGACAUUCUUUAACUUUGAUUUCCACAGGACGGGUCUCGAGUCACACAGACUGAACUAUAUCGAGGUGCAGACCAAACCCGAGAGCUCAAGCAGCCCACAGACCCCAAAGACGCCCACUUCACUGCCACAUACACCCACACGCAGGACAGAGCUUUAUGCGGUCAUUGACGUGGAGCGCACGGCUGCCAUGUCGAGCCUACAGAAAGCGCUGCCCCGUUACGAUGGUACCUCCAGGAAAACACGCCAUAACAGUGUUGACCUGCCCAUGUGAUGGUGCCCGCUGCUUCACGAAAACUAGUUGUGUUUCUAAAACUGAUUCGAGGCAGAGGGGCCCAAUAUCACGAAUGUAAUUUUGUUUGUAACACUUAUAGAGAUUUCCUGUAGUUUAAAGAGAGUCUCAUGUUCACUUGAGAAAGUUAACGGAGGACCUCACCAUAUACUGUCAUUUUAUUCCUAUGGCAAUAUACUACUAUUACUACUAUUACACUCGUUUUCCAGUGCCUGUUUAUUUUGCUUUUAUUAUGUUAAUAACGACUUUGGAUGACAUUCCACAGGUUUAUUCCAUAAGGUACAAAUCAGUAUUACUGAUCAGACGUUGUGUGUUUUCUGUAUUUGCCCUGUAUCAUGAUGACACUGCAAGUUGUUUUAAAAUCUGUAUGUAAAGACUUUACACUACAUUUGCAUUUGACUGCAUAUAGCAGAUUUCAAUAUUUGGCACAA